AUGUCGACUAUUAUGCAUACCUAUCGUUACACGCCAUUGCUAGCCUACGCUCUCUUACCAGUUACCUCGUUUCCGCCCUUCGGCAAACUGCUCUUUAUUCUAUUUGACCUGAUUUCCGCUGGUCUUAUCCUCAAAAUAUCCGGACAAACUGCAGCUCUUCUCUAUUUAUUUAACCCCCUGACGAUUGGCAUCGCCGUCCGUGGAAAUGCUGAACCUAUCAUCGGGGCAUUUACGAUUCUUUCGAUAGCGAUGCUUGAAAAUAUCCCAAUAAGUGCCAUUCUUCAAGCUAUUAGUGUACAUUUAAAAACAUAUCCCGCUCCUUGGGCACUGACAGUUUGGCUCUACUACGCCGACAAGAAACUCUUCGGCUUUCUUCCUUACAGCAAAAAGGGAAUUCUUUAUGGAAUCAUCUCAGCUUGUACAUUUGUAUCUUUAUCCUGGCUGAGCUACUCCCUUUAUCAAGAAGAAUUUCUGGAGCAUGCUCAUCUUCACCACCUAUCUAGACAAGACACUAGACAUAAUUUUUCAAUUUGGUUUCUGUCCUUUUAUCUGAUGGACGGAAACUCGCCAUAUGGAUUUCUGUGCUUUCUCCUCCAACUCGCUCUAUGCCUUCUCAUUUCGUUCAAGUUUUCCAGCGACCCCUUCUUCGCCUCAUUCUUACAGACGUUUGUGUUCGUUACAUUCAACAAAGUAAUUACGUCCCAAUACUUCAUUUGGUACUUAUCGCUGCUACCUCUCGUUAUCAAGAACUUGAAAAUGUCCUCUUUACGAGUGAUGUCCUUAUCAGCUCUCUGGUUCGGAAGCCAGGGCCUUUGGCUGCUCCCAGCGUAUUUCUUUGAGAUGGAAGGGCGCGAUUCUUUCCUCUGGAUGCAUUCUUCAAGCAUUGUGCAUUUUGCCACCAAUAUCUUCAUAGCCUGUCAAAUUAUAACUCACUAUCAACCUAAACAUGCAAAAAUAAAAGUCAACUAA